GCUGGUUCCCCUUCCGAACGCCCGCGCCCCGCAUGCGCAGUCCAGGCCGGCGGUCUCCGUUUGUUUGAACAGGAAGGCGGACAUAUUAGUCCCUCUUGGCCCCCCUCGCCCCACCCCCUAGGCAUUCGCCGCCGCGACUCGCCCUUUUCCCAGCCGGGACCGCAGCCCCUCCCAGACGCUUCUCCGUCGCAGCCGCCGGGACCUGACUACUGUCUUCCUCCCCGGCCCGCUCUCCAGCCCUGUCCUUUCCCAAGUCUCCCUCGGACCAGCGACCUCACCCUGCGCCGCCGGAGUCCGCGGCAGCAGCCCCAAGAGCGACCGGACAGAAUGGGAGAGUGAUUCGGUGCGGCGGGGACCAGCUCUCAGCCGGGACAGAGCGGUGCGGCGGGCCGGGCCGAGCGGAAGCAGGCAUGCGGGGCUAGCCCGCCUCCAGCGCCUCAGCGAGCCGGGGCCCCAGCAGCGGCCCAGGCGGCGGCAGCUGGCGCAGCUCCUCACCCGCCCUCCGCUUGCGCCUUUCCUCCGCGCCCUCCGCGGCCGCCCCGAGGGAGUCUCCACCCUGCCGCGUGCCCUCUCCCUGUGCUGCCCACCGCGGGCCGGGGGGCCCUUCCAUGGCGCAGGCUGCCGGGGCCCGCUAGGCUGAGGCGCCUCGGCGGAGCUACGAGGCUGCUGGCGACGGCGCUGCCGGCUGCCGGGAGGGGCUGCCGGGUGGGAUGCGACUUUGGGCGUCCGGGCGGCUGCGGGUCGCUGUCAUCCCCAGCCCGGGGUCUGGAGAGCGGAGGUCCCCUCAGUGACGGAGAGGAGGGGGAACCGGGCGCACCUGGUGACCCUGAGGUUCCGGCUCCUCUGCCCGGCGCCUGCGAACCCACCGCGGAGGAAGUUGGGUGAACUUGCUUUCCGCUCCCGGUGCUGGUACGAAGGUAUUGUCACAGGGGUAGCAACAUGUCGACUGGGGACAGUUUUGAGACUCGGUUUGAAAAAAUCGACAACCUGCUGCGGGAUCCCAAAUCGGAAGUGAAUUCGGAUUGUUUGUUGGAUGGACUGGAUGCUUUGGUUUAUGAUUUGGAUUUUCCUGCCUUAAGAAAAAACAAAAAUAUUGACAACUUUCUAAGCAGAUAUAAAGACACAAUAAAUAAAAUUAGAGAUUUACGAAUGAAAGCUGAAGACUAUGAAGUAGUGAAAGUGAUUGGUAGAGGUGCAUUUGGAGAAGUACAGUUGGUAAGGCAUAAAUCUACCAGAAAGGUAUAUGCUAUGAAGCUUCUUAGCAAAUUUGAAAUGAUUAAGAGAUCUGAUUCUGCUUUUUUCUGGGAAGAAAGAGACAUCAUGGCUUUUGCCAACAGUCCUUGGGUUGUUCAGCUUUUUUAUGCAUUCCAGGAUGACCGAUACCUCUACAUGGUGAUGGAAUACAUGCCAGGUGGAGACCUUGUGAAUUUGAUGAGUAACUAUGACGUGCCUGAGAAAUGGGCACGGUUCUAUACUGCAGAAGUAGUUCUUGCAUUGGAUGCAAUCCAUUCCAUGGGUUUUAUUCAUAGAGAUGUGAAGCCUGACAACAUGCUGCUGGAUAAAUCUGGACAUUUGAAGUUAGCAGAUUUUGGUACUUGUAUGAAGAUGAACAAGGAAGGCAUGGUACGAUGUGAUACAGCAGUUGGAACACCUGACUAUAUUUCCCCUGAAGUAUUAAAAUCCCAAGGUGGUGAUGGUUAUUAUGGACGAGAGUGUGACUGGUGGUCAGUUGGGGUAUUUUUAUAUGAGAUGCUUGUUGGUGAUACACCUUUUUAUGCAGAUUCUCUUGUUGGGACUUACAGUAAAAUUAUGAACCAUAAAAAUUCACUUACUUUCCCUGAUGAUAAUGACAUAUCAAAAGAAGCAAAAAAUCUUAUUUGUGCCUUCCUUACUGACAGAGAAGUGAGAUUAGGCAGAAAUGGUGUAGAAGAAAUCAAACGACAUCUCUUCUUCAAAAAUGAUCAGUGGGCUUGGGAAACACUCCGGGACACUGUAGCACCAGUUGUACCUGAUUUAAGUAGUGACAUUGAUACUAGUAAUUUUGAUGACUUAGAAGAAGAUAAAGGAGAUGAAGAAACAUUUCCUAUUCCUAAAGCUUUUGUUGGCAAUCAACUACCUUUUGUAGGAUUUACAUAUUACAGCAAUCGUAGAUCCUUAUCUUCAGCAAAUCCCAAUGAUAACAGAACUAGCUCCAAUGUGGAUAAAAGCUUGCAGGAAAGUUUGCAAAAAACAAUCUACAAGCUUGAAGAACAGCUGCAUAAUGAAAUGCAGUUAAAGGAUGAAAUGGAACAAAAGUGCAGAACUUCGAACAUAAAACUCGACAAGAUGAUGAAAGAAUUGGAUGAAGAGGGGAAUCAAAGAAGAAAUCUAGAAUCUACAGUGUCCCAAAUUGAGAAGGAAAAGAUGUUGCUACAACACAGAAUUAAUGAGUACCAAAGAAAAGCUGAACAGGAAAACGAGAAGAGGAGAAAUGUAGAAAAUGAAGUUUCUACAUUAAAGGACCAGUUGGAAGACUUGAAGAAAGUAAGUCAGAACUCACAGCUUGCUAAUGAGAAGCUGAUGCAAUUGCAAAAACAGCUAGAAGAAGCCAAUGACUUACUUAGGACAGAAUCAGACACAGCUGUAAGAUUAAGGAAGAGUCACACAGAAAUGAGCAAAUCAAUUAGUCAGCUAGAGUCCCUGAACAGAGAAUUGCAGGAGAGAAACCGAAUUCUAGAGAAUUCCAAGUCACAAACAGACAAGGAUUAUUACCAACUGCAAGCUGUAUUGGAAGCUGAGCGAAGAGACAGAGGUCAUGAUUCUGAAAUGAUUGGAGACCUUCAAGCUCGAAUUACAUCUUUACUAGAGGAGGUGAAGCAUCUCAAACAUAAUCUUGAACGAGUAGAAGGAGAAAGAAAAGAGGCUCAAGACAUGCUUAAUCAUUCAGAAAAGGAAAAGAAUAAUUUAGAGAUAGAUUUAAACUACAAGCUCAAAUCAUUACAACAGCGGUUAGAACAAGAGACAAAUGAACACAAAGUAACCAAAGCUCGUUUAACUGACAAACAUCAGUCUAUUGAAGAGGCAAAGUCUGUUGCCAUGUGUGAGAUGGAAAAAAAGCUGAAGGAAGAGAGAGCAGCUCGAGAGAAGGCUGAGGACAGAGUUGUUCAGAUCGAGAAACAGUGUUCUAUGCUAGAUGUUGAUCUGAAACAGUCUCAGCAGAAGCUAGAACAUUUGACUGAAAAUAAAGAAAGGAUGGAGGACGAAGUUAAGAAUCUAACCCUACUGCUGGAGCAAGAAUCAAAUAAACGACUGUUGUUACAGAAUGAAUUGAAGACUCAAGCAUUUGAGGCAGACAAUUUAAAAGGUUUAGAAAAGCAGAUGAAACAGGAAAUAAAUACUUUGUUGGAAGCAAAGAGAUUGUUAGAAUUUGAAUUAGCCCAGCUUACAAAGCAAUAUAGAGGAAAUGAAGGGCAGAUGCGGGAAUUACAAGACCAACUAGAAGCUGAACAGUAUUUCUCAACACUUUAUAAAACCCAGGUAAAGGAACUUAAAGAAGAAAUUGAAGAAAAAAACAGAGAAAAUUUAAGGAAAAUACAGGAACUUCAGAGUGAAAAAGAAACUCUUUCUACUCAGUUGGAUCUAGCGGAAACAAAAGCGGAGUCUGAGCAGUUAGCUCGAGGACUUCUGGAAGAACAGUAUUUUGAAUUGACCCAGGAAAGUAAGAAAGCUGCUUCAAGAAAUAGACAAGAGAUUACAGAUAAAGAUCACACUGUUAGUCGGCUUGAAGAAAAAAACAGCAUACUAAACAAAGAUAUUGAAUUAUUAAAAAAGGAAAAUGAAGAGCUAAAUGAAAAAAUGAGGACAGCAGAAGAAGAAUAUAAAUUGAAGAAGGAAGAAGAAAUCAAUAAUCUUAAGGCUGCCUUUGAAAAGAAUAUCAGUACUGAACGAACCCUUAAAACACAGGCUGUUAACAAAUUGGCAGAAAUAAUGAAUCGCAAAGAUUUUAAAAUAGAUAGAAAGAAAGCUAAUACACAAGAUUUGAGGAAAAAAGAAAAGGAAAAUCGAAAGCUGCAGUUGGAACUUAAUCAAGAAAGAGAGAAAUUUAACCAAAUGGUAGUGAAACAUCAAAAGGAAUUUAAUGACAUGCAAGCGCAAUUGGUAGAAGAAUGUACACAUAGAAAUGAACUUCAGAUGCAAUUGGCUAGCAAAGAAAGUGACAUUGAGCAGUUGCGGGCAAAACUUUUGGACCUUUCGGAUUCUACUAGUGUUGCUAGUUUUCCUAGUGCUGAUGAAACGGAUGGAAACAUACCAGAGUCAAGAAUUGAAGGUUGGCUUUCUGUACCAAAUAGAGGAAAUAUCAAAAGAUAUGGCUGGAAGAAACAGUAUGUUGUUGUAAGCAGCAAAAAAAUCUUAUUCUAUAAUGAUGAACAAGAUAAGGAACAAUCCAAUCCAUCUAUGGUGUUGGACAUAGAUAAAUUAUUUCAUGUUCGACCUGUAACCCAAGGCGAUGUGUACAGAGCUGAAACUGAAGAAAUUCCUAAAAUAUUCCAGAUACUAUAUGCAAAUGAAGGUGAAUGUAGAAAAGAUGUAGAAAUGGAGCCAGUUCAACAAGGUGAAAAAACGAACUUCCAGAAUCACAAAGGCCAUGAGUUCAUUCCUACACUCUACCACUUCCCUGCCAACUGUGAGGCCUGUGCCAAACCUCUCUGGCAUGUUUUUAAGCCACCCCCUGCCCUAGAGUGUCGAAGAUGCCAUGUUAAAUGCCACAGAGAUCACUUAGAUAAGAAAGAGGACUUAAUUUCUCCAUGCAAAGUAAGUUACGAUGUAACAUCAGCAAGAGACAUGCUGCUGUUAGCAUGUUCUCAGGAUGAACAAAAAAAAUGGGUGACUCAUCUGGUAAAGAAGAUCCCUAAGAAUCCUCCAUCUGGCUUUGUUCGUGCCUCUCCUCGAACGUUAUCUACUAGAUCCACUGCAAAUCAGUCUUUCCGGAAAGUGGUCAAAAAUACAGCUGGAAAAACUAGUUAACCAUGUGACCUACUGCUAUGUGGAAUCGUGUGGGAUGCUACCUGAUAAACCAGGCUGUUUUAACCAUGCUGAGCAGACAGGCUGUUUCUUUGACACAAAUAUCACGGGCUUUUCAGGGUUAAAAUUGCUGUUACUCUGUCCUUGCUUUGGCACAAAAAGCACACUGAGGGUUGUUUUUGUUUUUCUUAUUGCAGGUUUGCCUACAGGUAGAUUAGAUUUAAUUAUUACUGUGUAAUGCAAGUACCAUUGGGGGAAAGCUCAGCUAGAUACAUUUUUUAAAAAAGGUGCUGCCUUUUUGAAUUGAUAAGAAAACGCCUGUGAGUCGUGAUAGAACAGUUUUCCUCAUGAGUGAGAGGAAGGAACUUUCAGGUGGAAUGACCAUCAGUAUCAAGAUCAGCUCAUGGAAGGAGUAAAGAAAAUAUCUCAAAAUGAGACAAGUUUUUUUUUUAAUGACUUUUUUUGUGCUCUUGCAAGACUACACAGAAUGAUUUUGUAAGAAAGCAGUGGCGUCACAUGAAUUUCGGCGCCCUCAUUGUAGAGUUCAGAAGCCUGGCUGUCGAUUGCCCAUAGUGGACUUGAUGGAGAAAUUAAAUACCUUCCAUUAUGCUUUACAAAAUACUGUAUAUGUUUCAUCAAGUUUGUAGAUUGGGGAAUGGGAGAAGACAGAAGAAUUACAUUUAAUCUAUGCAUUUUUUGCCAAGCCAUAUUGAGUUAUUUUACUACUAGAGACAUUAGGAACCAACUGUACAAAAGAACCAAGUUUAAAAGCAUUUUGUGGGGUACAUCAUUUCUGUAAUUGUAUAAUGUAUUUCUUUGUGGUUUUAAGUGAAAAAGACUAAGUUAACAAACAUAAGAAAUGUAUGCACUGUUUGAAAUGUAAAUUAUUCUUAGAACACUUUCAGUGGGAGUUGCAUUGCCCUUUUAGUGCCUUAAUUUGAGAAAAUUAUUUUACUGCCGUAAGUACAGGUUUUUCAGAAAACAGAUUUUACAAAAAUAAAAUUAUGUGUAUCAGUGGGUUUUUCAUUGGUCAUUGGUUUAAUUUAAAAUAUUUAGAGGUUUGUUGGACUUUCAUAAAUUGAGUACAAUCUUUGCAUCAGACUACCUGCUACAAUAAUGAAUAAGACUAGAAAACUCUGCAAAAAUAUACAAGGCUGCAGCAGUAUAAAAAGAUAAUGGCAACAUAUCCGUGAUGUUUUCCAGUUAAUGUAGGAUUACCAGAUAAAUACUGUUAAAACUCUUGUCCAGUAACAAGAGUUGAUUUCUAUGGGCAGUAUGAUUUAUUGUUUAUUUUUUAACCAAAUACCUCCUCAGUAAUUUAUAAUGGCUCUGCAGUAAUGUAUAUCAAAUAAGCACUGGAAAACUGAUCGUCUCUAGGGUGAUAUGCAUGUUUCAAGUGGUAUUGAAAGCCGCACUGAUGGAUAUGUAAUAAUAAACAUAUCUGUUAUUAAUAUGCUAAUGACUCUGUGCUCAUUUAAUGAGAAAUAAAAGUAAUUUAUGAUGGAUACUUUUAA